UACAGCUGGAGUUGAUACAUUGCAGGCGUUCUCAAAGUGUUGUGUAGAAACGUUUAGAGAGGAAGGUAACGGCCAACUCGGAUUAUUCAUCUCCUCCCACAGGAGAGGGACUUUUAACAUCUGUAUUUCUGGACAUGGAGGCAGAUAACAGCGAGCAGAUGAGACCCCUCCUCACAUCUGGAAUCGAUGAGGAGGCGGUGCUGGACCAGGGGAAUACCAGCUCCACCCUCUACACCAACUUUGAGAAGGAAGAACUGGAGAGUCACAGAGCCGUGUACGUGGGCGUCCAUGUUCCUCUGGGGCGAGAGAGUCGCCGGCGGCACCGUCACCGAGGACACCGACAUCACCGGAAACGCAGGGACCGCUCCGACGGGCAAGAGUCGCCAUCAAACGACACGCCGUCCCAGAGGGUGCAGUUCAUCCUGGGGACGGAGGACGGAGACGAGGAGCACAUUCCCCACGACCUGUUCACCGAACUGGACGAGAUCACCUUCAGAGACGGAGACUUCCAGGAGUGGAAGGAGACAGCCAGGUGGCUGAAGUUCGAGGAGGACGUGGAGGCCGGGGGCGAGCGCUGGAGUAAACCCUACGUGGCGACGCUGUCUCUCCACAGCCUGUUCGAGCUGCGCUCCUGCAUCCUGCACGGCACCGUGCUGCUGGACAUGAGGGCGGGCGGCAUCGAGGAGAUCGCAGACAUGGUGAUUGACAGCAUGCUGGCGUCGGGUCAGCUGGAGGAGGCGGUCAGGGAGAAGGUGAAGGAGACCAUGAUGCGGCGCCACCACCAUCAGAGUGAGAAGAAGCUGAGCAACCGCAUCCCGCUGGUCCGCUCCUUCGCCGACAUCGGAAAGAAACACUCCGACACUCAUCUGCUGGAGCGAAACGGUCUGCUGGCGUCUCCUCACUCGGCUCCAGGAAACCUCGACAGCAAGAACAGCGAGAGUCGCCUCAACGGAGGAAACAGCCGGGAGAACAGCACCGACUUCAGCAGGGUGGACAUGAACUUCAUGAAGAAGAUCCCCCCCGGAGCAGAGGCCUCCAACGUGCUGGUGGGGGAGGUGGACUUCUUGCAGAGACCCAUCAUCGCCUUCAUCCGGCUCGCCCCCGCCAUGCUGCUCAGCGGCCUCACGGAGGUGCCGGUGCCCACCAG